GAACCCGGAAGUGGCUGCGGUGGCGGCGAUGGCGGCGGCUGCGGCGGGGCCGGUGCGGCUGUGGGUGCGCACGGAGCCGUUCCUGGUGGGAGCGCUCCCGGCCCCGCCGCCCGCCCGCCUCACCCUGCACUACCUGCGCAAGGCGGCCGCCUACGCCCGAGCGCGGGCGGACCAGGGCUGCUUCCCGCGGCUGCGCUGGCCCUGCUGGCGGCGCAUCGCCUGCGCGAAGCUGCAGCUGAGCGUAGACAUCGCCUGGCUCUACUUCGAGCUCUACCGCGGCCUCCUUGGGCUCGCCCCGCCACUCCGCCUGCGCUGGGCCGAGGCUGAGGCGGCCUGCACCAGCGCCGAGGAGCUGGAGGAGGAGCGCAGCAAGCUCUCCGUGGACACGCUGCAGUUCCUGCUCUUCCUGUACGUGCAGCAGUUCCACAACGUGUCCCUGCGGCGCUCUCUGCUCGGGGACGAGUGGCCCAGCCCCAGGACAAGGUCUCCAAGUCUGACAGGGAAUUCGGCCACCGGGAAUAAGAAUUGGAACGACCAGGAGCACCUUGACUUUGUGCAGAGCCACCUCUUGGAUAUCUUGGAGCUGCUGCUGGAGCCAGAGCAGCUCUCAGCCUCUUCCCAUUCCAGCUGCAGCAGCCUGGUGUCCUUAGAAGCCGUGUGUGCCCUCAGCUUCCUGCUGGAGGGCACCGUCAGAAAUUCGGGCACCAUCCGGCCCCUCCACGAGCUGGCCCUCAGGCAGCCCUGCCAUGGCCACAAUGGGUAUUCCAAGGGCUCCAGAACCUUCUCCCUGCCCAAGCUGGAGAGCUGGCUGCGCUCCUCCCUCACUGCCAAUCCCUUGGGAAUUACUGUUGGCCUCAAGGCUGGCAAGAAGCUCGCGUGGGCACAUAAAGUGGAAGGAACAACCAGGAGAGCCAGGAUUACCUGCAGUGCCCGGGUGGUGCCAGAGGUGUCCCCCCUGGUGCUGAUGAGCCAGGUUUACAGGCAGACCGUGGCCAAGAGCUCAGACACUCUGGUGGGGGCUCACGUCAGAAUCUAUCGCUGCAACGAGUCCUUCAUUUACCUCCUGUCCCCUCUGCGAUCCGUGACCAUCGAGAAGUGCCGGAAUAGCACCUUUGUCCUGGGCCCUGUGGAGAUGUCAGUCCACGUCCAGAGCUGUGACAACAUCAAGGUCAUCGCCGUUUGCCAUCGCUUGUCCCUUUCGUCCACCAAGGGCUGUACUUUCCACACUCUCACACCCACGCAGCCCCUCAUCCUCUCGGGGAACCAGGCAGUCAGCUUUGCCCCUUUCCACACCCAUUAUCCCAUGCUGGAAGACCACAUGGCUCAGGUGGGCUUGGCCACUCUGCCCAACUACUGGGACAGCCCCAUGCUGGUGUGCAGGGACAGCGGUGACACCAGCGUCUUCCGGCUCCUGCCCCCCUCAGACUUCUACACCUUUGUGAUUCCCUUUGAGAUGGAAGGAGACACCACAGAGACCCCAGGGGGGCUUCCCCAGGAGUACCAGGAGGUGCUGAGGCAGCGGGAGCAUCAGAUGCGGGUGUGGCAGCACAUGGUGAAGGAGGCAGGGCUGACCAGGGAUCAGAGGAAACAGUUCCAGGCUCUGGUAGAAAACAAAUUCUACGAGUGGCUGGUUCAAACAGGGAACAGGCAGCAGCUGGACAGCCUGGUCCCUCCUGCCCCGGCCUCCAAGCAGGCAGCAGGAUAACAUUCCUGGCCAGGAUAACAUUCCUGGGCAGCAGAAGGAAAGGGGGCUCUGGGAACAGCCAGUGAUGCACUCAGCUGAGUUCUCAUUAAGACUUUGUGCCAUCCCACCUGCACCCACUGGAUCUGACACCCAGCCCUGGUGUGGAUGGGACUGCCUGGCUGCUGUAGGAUUCCUGAGCAUUGCUGCUUUCCCAGGAAUGUGCUGUAGCCAUCCUGUUGGUGAAUUAGAGGUGCCUGGCACUGGAGGAAGAUGAAGUGUGCCUUGUUGCAGAGCUGUCACAGCAGUUAGUGUCCAUGGUGUCCAGCACACCAGGUUUCCUGGGGCAAAGCUGGAUGCAGGCCCUGGGCAUCACCUGCAUCCUCAUGGUACAAACCAGUGGUGCUGUUUUUAUAAAUGUGAAAAAGAAAUGUUUAAACUUUUUAUGAAUGAAAUCAAA